AUGAACCAAGAGAGACUGAACGACGCCGCCAUUGCCCUACACGGCGCACUCAGCGAGCAUGGUGUGCAGUUUGGAAUAUUUGGAGGUUAUGCUGUCAUCACGCUCGCCAGUAUCCGAAUCACAAAGGACAUUGAUUGUCUAGCGUCUGUAACCAAAGAUCAGGCGAUCAGGCUGCUGGAUGGCAAGCAUGGCUUUGCGGUUAUACCCCAGAGCCGUCAAGACUAUGUUGCCUUCCUCUGGUCGAACCAACCCGACAGGCGCAGAGCAGUCCUGGUGGAAAUAUUCUGUGAACAGUUCCCCGGAGCCCAAUAUUCCAUGUCUGCUUUGUCACUGAAGAGGCAGGUCAUCCACGGUGCAGUGCUUGGACAGGGCACGUCCAAUUUUCUUUCUGCAUUUCAGCUAUUUAAGGGGAAACUCCGCGCCGCGGCGACCCGUAACAAAUUUCAUGAUGCGGCGGACUUGAGGGCGCUUGAAAGCAAGUAUCGAGAGGAGAUCAAGUCGCAGAGCCAGGGUCUGAGCCUUUCUUAUGUAGGGCUUGCCAUGAAGCGGUAUCCAGAGCUCGUGUAUCUGUUUGAAAGACUGGGGGUGGAUGUGCAGCGCGCCAAGGAACUCGCAGAAGAUAUUGACCUUGCCAAGCUUCCUCCCCCAGAGCCUGGGGAUGUCCAGCGCGGUUUGCUCGCAUAA